AUGGACAUUGAUUCGAAGAUUAAGGCUUACCGCUUCGUCGGUUAUGCCGCCGUCUGCUUCUCAGCCAUGGCUGUUCUUUCGGUCUGCAUCACCCUCCCAAUGGUGUACAACUACGUGCAACACGUGCGUACCCAAAUGCACCAGGAGCUCUACGCCUGCAAGGGAUCCGCCAAGGACGUGUGGAACUCGGUCUACUCGAUCCGCGAGCUCCCACUCGCCGCCAACCGUACCGCCCGUUCCACCUACAACGAGCAGUGCGCCGGAUGCUGUCUGCCAGGACCACAAGGACCACAAGGAACACCAGGAAAGCCUGGAAAGCCAGGAAAGCCAGGAGCACCAGGACAACCGGGAACUCCAGGACGUCCACCACAGCAGCCUUGCGAGCCAACCACUCCACCACCAUGCCAACCAUGCCCACAAGGACCACCCGGACCACCAGGACCACCAGGAAUUCCAGGAGACAACGGACCAUCCGGUGAGCCAGGACCAAAGGGACCAGACGCCGCGCCAGGAGAGCCAGGACCAAAGGGACCACCAGGACCACCAGGACCACCAGGACAAGCCGGAGCACCAGGAGAGCCAGGAGCACCAGCCAAGUCUGAGCCAGCCGUUCCAGGACCACCAGGACCACCAGGACAGCCAGGACAACAAGGACCACCAGGACCACCAGGAUCCAACGGAAUCGACGGAGCUCCAGGAGCACCAGGACCAAAGGGAGAGCCAGGAACUCCAGGAGAGCCAGGAAAGGACGGAGAGCCAGGAAAGCCAGGAACUCCAGGACAAGACGGUACUCCAGGAGAGAAGGGAAUCUGUCCAAAGUACUGCGCUUUGGACGGAGGAAUCUUCUUCGAGGACGGAACCCGCCGUUAA